GCCUUCACUGCCUGCAAAUAACGCGAAUCUCUCUCUCAUCCCAAUCGAAAGCGAAAUCGAAUUGCGAACAAAAUUAAAAUCAUUUCACAAGAAAAAGGGAUCCGAAAACAACAAGAAUCAUACUAAUUUCAGACCCCAAUUCUGGUUUCCUCUCAUCCUUUCCUCAUCUAUAUUCUUCUUGCAAACAAAGAAUUGGACUAGAAUUUCAGGAUUAGGGUUAGGGUUAGGGUUUGUUUUUCUACACACCGAGGUGAGUCUGGAUCAGAAAAGCGUAGGUAUGUCAGUUUUGGUAUUUGGGUAGAGUGGAAUUUGGGGAUUUGACCAUGGGACGCGCCAUUGGUGGGUUACUUUUUGGUUAUUGUUGGUGAUGACUAGAGACCGAUGUCACCUGGGAAAGAAGAUGAUGGGUAGGGGUGCGGAUGGAGGUUGUGGUACUGAGGAGAGGCCUUGUCCAGUGGGAAGAGUGCCGAACAGGAUAACGUUGACCCAAACUCAAACACACCAGGAGAACCAGAAGCUGUCUACUGUGGACAUUGAUUAUUAUGCGCAGGCUCAAAAGGCUCUAUGUGAGCGUUCGCCAUUUGAUGUUGCAGAAGAGAGUUCAGCUCCUUUUGUGCCUACUUUGCCCAGUAGGUUGGGUAGCUUCUUGAGUAGACAUACGGGUGGGAAGAAACGGCAGAGGAAAUCCAAUUCUGGGGCAGACAAGAAGUCUUCUAGGCAAGGUGAAAGGUCGCGUGGUUCCAACAUUUGGGUUGAGACAGAGGAAUAUUUUAGAGAUUUGACGCUGUCUGAUGUAGACACUUUACGUACAGCGUCUUCCUUUAGCGGUUUAGUGGCUAGGAAAUGUUUUUCAAUUCCGUCUUUAGGAGAUGCUCCAGAAGCAAAUGUAGAUGGCACUGAGAAUGUUAUUGGUGAGAAUACUGAUGGGGCCAUUGUUAAAGACGAGGUGGAGGGUGUUCCUUUGUGCUCGGAUGUGGGCAUGGUUCAAACUAGUGGUUCGCCUCUCGAAGACAGGGAUUUGUUGAAUUUGGGUUCUUCUUCCGGCUUAGAAUGGCUCUUAGGUUGUAGGAAUAAGGUGUCUUUAACUUCAGAGCGGCCUUCGAAGAAACGGAAGCUUCUAGGUGGUGAUGCAGGAUUGGAAAAAGUUCUGAUUGUUUCUCCUUGUGAUGGAAAUCCAUUUUUGUGCCACUUUUGCUCUAAGGGCGAUACAGACAAAGGGUUAAAUCCAUUAGUUACUUGCAGUUUUUGUCAUGUGGUAGUUCAUUAUAAGUGCUAUGGCAUAAGAGAGAAAGUCAAUGGAUCAUGGUCGUGUUCUUGGUGUAAGCAGAAGGAUGAAACCAAUGAUUCCACGAAGCCUUGUUUGCUCUGUCCCAAGCAGGGUGGUGCUGCGAAACCUGUACACAAGAACGUCGACGGUGGAUUUUCUGUUGAAUUUGCUCAUUUAUUUUGUAGCCUGUGGAUGCCAGAGGUAUAUAUAGAGAACUUGACGCAGAUGGAGCCCGUUAUGAAUCUUGGAGAUAUAAAAGAAACCCGAAAAAAGUUGGUAUGUAACAUAUGCAAAGUCAAGUAUGGAGCCUGUCUUCGGUGCAGCCAUGGAACCUGCAGAACCUCCUUUCAUCCAAUUUGUGCAAGGGAGGCUAGACAUAGAAUGGAAGUGUGGGCCAAGUAUGGGUGUGAUAAUGUUGAGCUUCGUGCUUUUUGCUCUAAGCACUCAGCAAGUCGAGAUAAAAGCAGCGUUCAAGACCCUUCGGAAGCUAUUAACAGUAGCUCAUAUGUGGUCAACCACCUUCCUGUGACAUUAUCAAUUAACCGGCCACAAAAGUUAGUUGGGAGAAGGAACAUCGACAGCCUUUUACUCUGUAAGGAAGCAUCUGAUACCAACUCUGGAAAAUUAGAUGAUGGCGAAUUAGAAGAUACAGGAUCCGCUGAUCCCAAUUCAAAUGCUGCUUGUGUUGAUUCCCAGAAGUCUACUGUCCAGGGGGUUGAGGAUCUUAACCCACUUGACUCCCUUAAGUUUGCAUCAAUUAUGAAAAAGUUGAUUGAUCAAGGAAAAGUGAACGUUAAAGAUGUAGCCUUAGAAAUUGGCAUACCCCCUGAUUUAUUAUGCGCAAAACUUACUGCUGAGAACAUUGUUCCCGACUUGAAAUCCAAAAUUGUCCGAUGGCUAAGGAAUCAUGCUUAUAUUGGUUCCUUGCAGAAAAAUUUGAGAGUCAAACUUAAAUCGGCUGUAUUAGCUAAGGCUGUUGUUGGAGCUGCUGAUCGUUCUGAGUCUUUGGCGGUACCUGAUUCUGACAAUUCAGAUCUUAUUGCUGAUAAGAUGGUUGCACCUCGAAGAAAAACCAAAAGCAAUGUCAGCCAUUUGAAGAAUGACGAAAUCAAAUCUUCAUCUGAAGAAACUUUAGGUGGUCAUGGUCUACCAACGCAAAGUAAUACCUUGGACCAACAAGCUUGUGAAGAGCAAGAAGAUUCAAAGGAAUGCAUCCAAGACGCUGGUGAGAAGGAUGUAAACGAGUGUGAUAGUUCUCAAGGUUCUCCUUCAAGAAAUUUUCCAAAUGGUGUAGUAGAAGGCAAUCAAUUGGAGGGUUCCGUUUCUGGUCAUGAUUCUUCAAUAAGUGCAGUUCAUGGAAAGGCUGGAGAGUCCCUUGGUUCUUAUUUGCAUCCAUUUGUCCGAGAGAAGAUGACAUAUAUGUUGCAUGGAAAGCUUCUAAAUGUGCCUGGAGGAGAAAUUUCACGUUGUCAAGAAUCUCCCGAUGCUGGCAGUUGCUAUGAUCACCAACACCAGCAUUUAGACUGCAAAGACUUGAGUUGCAAUUCUGGUGAAUUUAGUCCGAAGCAGCAAGGGAAUAAAAAAAUAGGUGGAAUCAUAAAGAUGUCUCCAGAAGAUGAAAUUGAGGGAGAAAUUAUAUUUUAUCAGCACAGAUUACUUGCAAAUGCAGUUUCAAGAAAGCGGUUCACUGAUCAUUUAAUUUGUAACGUUGUUAAGAGUCUUCCAAAGGAAAUUGAUGAAGCAAGAAGUACUAGAUGGGAUGCUAUUCUUAUUAAUCAGUAUUAUAGUGGACUCAGAGAAGCAAAGAAACAGGGUAAGAAAGAGAGAAGACAUAAGGAAGCACAGGCUGUACUAGCUGCUGCAACAGCUGCUGCUGCUGCCUCUUCUAGGAUGUCAUCAUUCAGAAAAGAUGUAUACGAAGAAUCUACUCACAGAGAGUUGAUGCCUCGUGCAAAAGAAACGCCUACUAAGGUUGCUCUCCCAAAGACUUCACUAGAAUCAGAUUUCUGUAAAGAGCACGCUAGAUCCUGUGAUAUCUGCAGGCGGCCAGAGACAAUGUUAAAGCCAAUUUUAGUCUGCUCAAGCUGCAAGGUUUCUGUACAUCUGGAUUGCUAUCGAACUGUGAAAGAGUCCUCAGGUCCAUGGUGCUGUGAAUUAUGUGAAGAAUUGUCACUAUCAAGAGGGUCUGGAGCACCAGUAGUCAAUUUUUGGGAGAAAUCAUAUUUUGUGGCAGAAUGUGGUCUAUGUGGUGGCACCACAGGUGCAUUCAGGAAAUCAUCUGAUGGUCAGUGGGUUCAUGCCUUCUGUGCAGAGUGGGUCUUCGAAUCGACUUUCAAAAGAGGACAAACGAAUCCCGUGGGAGGCAUGGAGACAGUUUCUAAAGGGGCUGACUCGUGCUAUAUUUGUCACCGCAAGCAUGGUGUCUGUUUGAAGUGCAAUUAUGGCCAUUGCCAGUCCACUUUUCAUCCCUCAUGCAGUAGAAGUGCUGGAUGUUACAUGACCGUAAAGUCUUCUGGUGGUAAGUUGCAGCACAGAGCAUACUGUGAAAAACAUAGCUCAGAGCAGAGAGCAAAGGCUGAGAACCAAACACAUGGGAUUGAGGAAUUAAAUAGAGUGAAGCAAAUUAGGGUUGAACUUGAGAGACUACGCCUACUCUGCGAGAGAAUCAUCAAGCGUGAGAAGAUCAAGAGGGACCUGGUUCUGUGUUCACAUGAUGUUCUUGCUUUUAAAAGAGACCAUGUAGCACGAUCAGUACUUGUUCGCUCUCCUUUCUUCCUACCUGAAGUUAGUUCCGAAUCAGCUACGACAUCACUCAAGGGGCAUGUGGAAGAUUUAAAAUCGUGUAGUGAAGCUGUGCAAAGAUCAGAUGAUGUAACUGUGGACAGCACGGUUUCUAUCAAGCACUGGAACAAGGUGCCGUUGUCUUUGGACACUGAGCAAAAGACGGAUGAAGAUAGUACUACAUCCCAGAAUCCAUUCCCUAGAAAAUUUGCGGACAGGGCUCUGUAUGCUGGGAAGCAAAUACCUCAGAGAUCUUCGACUACUACAUCACGCAAUCUUUUAGAUGGAGGAUUGAGAUUCAAGUCUAGAAAGCAUGCCGAGACUUUUCAGAAAGAGCUGGUAAUGACGUCGGACCAAGCAUCAAUGAAGAAUUCUCUUCUACCUAAGCAGUAUCUGUAUGUUCCUGCUGAUGUCCUUGCCAAGGAGAAGCAGGCCAACCAGGAACCAGGUUCUGCCGAGCCACCAAAAUGUGACAGGUAGUUGGAGAAGGCACGAAUUUAUUGUGUUUCAGAUUUCCACGUCAGAGGCCAACCAUCCAUAUGCCUUGGGAUGCAUAUCCUGCUCGGAAACCGAGUCCGAGAACAAGUGAUAUGGCCAAUGGAGAAGAACAGCAUGGUGAAUGCGGAGAUGGCUCCACCGAGAGGCAUCGGGUUUUGACUUGGCCAACAAAAGUUUUGGCCUUGCAGAUGUAUGUUUGACGUCGAUUGUAAGUGUACAGGUGGGUAGAGUCGUGUUUGAAUGUUGAAAUGGGGGCAGAUCGAGUUUUCCUCGUUUUUGAGAUUGUCUUCCUGGUGGGUAGAGUCAAAUUUUUAGAAGUAUUAGCCAUUGUGUGUCAGGAGGAGUUGGGGGGAGGGGGAAAGGAAAGAGUUGCUGCUGUGAAGCCCAUUGUAAAGUUAGUGAGUGUAUUACUGAUAACGCAAUCAAUCACUCUGUCCAUCCUCUUCAAACCAACUCACUGCCCACUUUUAAAUAGUACAAUAAUUGUCAAGCUCAAAAUUUGUUCCUAUAUUUUAAUCCGUUCUAUUAAUGAGAUUAGGAGAUUUUUAAUUA